AUAUGAUAGGUCAAAUACACGGCAAGAAUAAAAUAACCGAAACAAAAAAAUUCCAUUCAAUUCUAUUCAACAUGAGAAUCAUCAUUAUAGAUUCCCAGUAAAAGUAAACACGUUUUGGUUUGGUCAUAGCUGAUUGUGUCUCUUACUUUCACACAUUAAAAUCACUAAUUGCACCCCCACACACCACUUCACAUACCCCUUCAUCACCAAACACUAUAUUUAAAGAGUCUCAUUUCCAAGUCUCAAAAGCCAUAACUCAUCAAAUUCCAAACGCAUCCUUUUUUUCAUUCUCUCUUAAAGCCAUAAACUUUCUUCAACCCAACUCACAGAAUUCAAAAGGGUCAUCGAAAUUCUGUGUUGUUGUUGUUGAAAGUCGAAAUUUCUUCAGUUUUUUAUUCCAAUUUUUUUUGACCAAGAUAUUUGGUUAUUUCUUAAUUUUGUGUUAAUCUUCUAUGGCAACUUGGGUUUUAUCAGAAUGUGGUUUAAAGUCACUUGCUCCAGUAUUUCCAAAACCAAGAACAGGUUUUGCUGUGUCCAACAAUUCAGAUGCUAAAUUUUUAAGCACUAACAAAGAAGUAACAAAUCUGAAAUUUCAAUUUCAACCAAAAAGUUUUGAUUUUAAGGAGAAGAGAAAAUGGGGUUUGAAUGUGAGUACUCCAUUGAGGGUUGACUCAAUUGAACAAGAACAUGAACAUGAACAGGAACAGGAGUUACCAGAGUUUGACCCUGGUUCACCACCACCGUUUUCAUUGGCUGAUAUAAGAGCAGCAAUUCCAAAGCAUUGUUGGGUGAAAGAUUCAUGGAAGUCAAUGAGUUAUGUUUUGAGAGAUGUUGUUAUUGUUUUUGGUUUGGCUGCUGCUGCUGCUUUUCUUAAUAAUUGGAUGGUUUGGCCUCUUUAUUGGGCUGCUCAAGGAACCAUGUUUUGGGCUCUUUUUGUUCUUGGUCAUGAUUGUGGUCAUGGAAGCUUUUCAAGUGAUCCUAAUCUUAACAGUGUUGUUGGACAUUUGUUACAUUCUUCGAUUCUUGUUCCCUAUCAUGGAUGGAGGAUUAGUCAUAGGACUCAUCACCAGAAUCAUGGCCAUGUUGAAAAUGACGAGUCUUGGCAUCCGUUGACAGAAAAAAUAUUCAAGAGCUUGGACAAUGUGACACGUUCUUUAAGAUUUACAGCCCCUUUUCCAUUGCUUGCAUAUCCUGUGUACCUUUGGGCCAGAAGUCCUGGGAAGACUGGUUCUCAUUUCCAUCCCAGCAGUGAAUUGUUUCUUCCAAGUGAGAAAAAAGAUAUUAUAACUUCUACAGCUUGUUGGACUGCUAUGGUGGCAUUGCUUGUAGGGUUGGGAUUUACAAUGGGUCCAAUUCCAUUACUCAUGCUUUAUGGAGUUCCGUAUGCUAUUUUUGUGAUGUGGUUGGAUUUGGUGACUUACUUGCACCAUCAUGGCCAUGAAGACAAAUUACCGUGGUAUCGUGGAAAGGAAUGGAGCUAUCUUAGAGGUGGACUUACUACUCUUGACCGCGAUUAUGGAUGGCUUAAUAACAUUCACCAUGACAUUGGAACUCAUGUCGUUCAUCACCUUUUCCCUCAAAUUCCACACUAUCAUCUAGUUGAAGCUACUGAGGCAGCAAGGCCUGUGUUUGGAGAAUAUUACAAAGAGCCAAAGAAAUCAGCUCCUCUUCCUUUUCACCUUAUUGGAGAAUUUAUAAGGAGUUUGAAGAAAGAUCAUUAUGUUAGUGACACUGGUGAUAUAGUGUACUACCAAACAGAUUCUGAAAUUAGUGGCUCUUCCAAAUCAGAAUGAAAUUUAAGAUCUUCCCUUUUGAACUUCUCAUAAAGUUGGUAAGAAUUCGUAGAAUCCACUUCAUAAAAGAAAGUGUUUGGUGGAAAUUAAAGAAUUUGUAGGGUAUAAGGUUAUCCUUCCUAACAAGUGAACUUUGUAGAUGGAUUAUAUUUCUCAUGAUGGAAGUGAUAUCCUAAAAUUAUGAUCAAGUUAGUUAUUUAUUUGCUAAAGUUCAAUGCUAAUUUUGAAAAUAAUGUUUUGGAAA